AUGUCCAGCAGUAACCGGGAGUUAGUGAUUGACUUUGUUUCCUACAAGCUCUUGCAGAAGGGACACAGCUGGAGUCAGCUGGAGGAGGAGGAUGAGAACAGGACUGACUUUGCAGCGGAGGAGGCCGAGAUGGAUGGUGUCCUCAACGGGAGCCCCUCCUGGCAUCCACCCGCCAGCCACGUAGUGAACGGAGCCACUGUCCACCGGAGCAGCCUCGAAGUCCAUGAAAUCGUUCGAGCGGCCGAUGUGAGGCAUGCGCUGAGAGAGGCGGGGGGUGGGUUUGGGUUGAGGUACCGGCGGGCUUUCAGUGACCUCACUUCCCAGCUCCACAUCACCCCCGGCACAGCGUAUCAGAGCUUUGAGCAGGUAGUGAAUGAACUCUUCCGUGAUGGAGUGAACUGGGGUCGCAUCGUGGCUUUCUUCUCCUUCGGAGGAGCCUUGUGCGUGGAGAGCGUUGACAAGGAGAUGCGGGUAUUGGUGGGACGCAUUGUAUCUUGGAUGACCAUGUACUUGACCGACCACCUAGAUCCCUGGAUCCAGGAGAAUGGCGGAUGGGAGCGCUUUGUGGACCUCUACGGGAACAACGCUGCUGCCGAGGUGAGGAAGGGCCAGGAGACCUUCAACAAAUGGCUCCUGACCGGGGCGACGGUGGCAGGAGUGCUUCUGCUGGGAUCCCUGCUGAGCCGCAAGUGACCCACCGCCGAGUCCCCUCGUCACCAGGACGGCUGCGCCUUCACCGCCACAUCCACUACACUCCGCUCCCGAGCACCCUCACCGGCGCGGGGGGGCAGCCCCUCCGCCUCCCGGGCGAGCGCCCCGCUCCGCGGAGCUUUCUCCCUUGUGCCGCCAGCUCCUUUUAUCGUAGUCCUUCUUAUUUACUGUUCCGUUGUGUUUUAAAGGCGCUGAGACCAAUGCAGCACUUCAGCCAACAGCUCCCAGCGCUGGGGAGAUCCAGGCAGCCGGGGGGAGCGCUGGCUAGAAGGUGUCCCAGCCCUGCAGGGUCCUCUAGAUCACUUUGAAGAGAAUAAACAGACUUAUUUUUGCA